UGUACACACUGGGAGAUGGCUGCAGAUAAAAAGACUGGGUCACACCCCGCCGAGGAAUUGGGAUGCCCAAGGGGCCGGGAAGCUCUCUGCCCGCCCGGCCGGCCGGCCGGCCCUAAUACUGCGACUCUCCCCAGUCGUCAGAGCGGCGGGUUGGAGGGAGCCUGUCGGCUCGCUGCAGGACGUGGGGGAUGGUCCUGUCCUGUAGUCAGACAGCUGUCAGCUCCUGCGCCUGCUGCUGGAGACCUCAGAGCGGCCCAGCGCCCUGAGGACGCCGAGUCUUUGGACAGCUGCAUCCAGAGCACCUUGUCGGCCCUGUACCGCCCCUUCACGGCCACCGCCGCCACCGUUCUAUGGCAGCUCUUCAGCGUGGUGGAGCGGCAGUACCGAGGAGACGGCCUCCGCUGCUUCCUUGACUUUCUGCUCCCGGCAAAGCGGAUCCUGCACAUCCUCCAACAAGAAACAUGCGUGAGGUUCAGAGGGUUACUGUUGUAUCAUGAGGGGUGGCCUCUCUGCAUCCACGAGAAGGUCGUCCUGCAGCUCGCCCCCCUGCACAAGGUGCGGCUGAAGCAAGGAGACUUCUACCUGCAGAUCGUCCCGUUGGGCCGCAAAACCGCCAAGCUCGUGAUAAAAUGCCUGUCGGCCAGCGGCCAGGCCAUCGCCGAGAUCCCCAUCGCGGAGGGCAUGUACGCCGGCGUCUUCACGGCUGAGUUCCUGCAGAAUGUAACGCGCGAGCGGAACCUGCACCCGCUCCAGAACUGCCUGCUCACCACCGGCACGGCCGUUUACAGGACCCCGUGGAAGAACGUGGUCAACCCGGCGUUCGUCAGCAGCACGUCGGACGCCAUCAUGCAAGCGCGGUGCAGCCGGGGCGGCUUCCGGGGCCACCUCAGCACGUGCAGCACCAGCGGCUCCACCGGGACGCUGGACAGCCACCGCAGCUCCAGGGAGUCCCUGCACUCCCAGGGAGCCGACUCCAUCUUCUCUGAGCCCACCUCGCCCAACGCCGGCCGCGCGGGAGACGCGGCUACGCCAGUCAGUGAGGUGGAACGGCCCGUCGCAGAGAGGGAGCGUCAAGGGAGCGAGGACGCUAGUGGGAAAGACCGAGGCCUGGGGCCCAAGGUGCUUUUCUUAAACACGGACCUCAGUAACCCAGGUCCUCGGCGUCGCGUUCCUAAAGACUCUGCAGCCUUUGAGAGCAGGAGACUUUUUAGGAAAUCCUACAUGGAGGCUCUGCAGAACCCCAUGAGCCUUGGGUCCAGCUCUGAGUCCAUCCUGGAGGAAAGUCCAGAGCACAGUUCAGGCCUCAGAGAGAGAACAGUGACGCCGGGCAGCAGUCCCGACACCCGGACCUCCUCUGGAGAGUAUUUACCUCGGAAGCCGGGAAGCCGGGGAUGGCUCGGCAGCGAGGACUCGAGGCCCAGCACACCUCUACUGUACUUACAGAGGGGCCUACGGAGCGCAGAGCGGCGGUCAAAGUCGCUGGAGAGGACUAACAAGGCGGGCCAGGUCAAAGGUCACCGGGAGCGCUCCUCCUCGGGAGGCUCGGUCAGCAUCUCACCCAAGAAGCUAAUGAAUGGCUGUGCACUUCGUUUUGGGAAGCUGGAGGUGGAGGCUGCUUUUCCCGGUUCUGAGAGGAGAAACAGCAAAGACGAGUCAGGGCAGCGGGACGACGGCGGCGGCGGUGAGAGCAGGCGGCGCCGGCCCAGCGUGGAGGACUCCCACGGUCCUAAAGCUGCCAACGGAACCGCCACCACCAGGCUGUCCUUGGGGUCCGGCUCAGGCUUCCCCAAGCUGAUGUCACACGUCAAUCAAGAGCUGCUGGCGUCGGGCGCUGUGAUCCUGCCAGGAAGCAGGGAUCGCGGCGGGCGGGCCGUGCUGCAGGUGUGCACGCGGGCUCAGGUGUGGGCGGGCGAGAGCUGCACGGCCCGUGACCUCACCUGUCUGCUGGGCUACUACUACUCCACGCUGCGAAGCGAACGGCGAGAUCAGGGCCUGACUGUGGUGGUAGACAGCAGGAGGCAGCAGCCCGCUCCAGCCCUGUUGUCGUCUCUGUCUGAAAUGCAGGCUUUAGUCCCAAAUGCACUUUAUUCGGUUUUCUUCCUGGUGGACAAAGAAACAGUGGCCAAACCUGAGAGAGACAUGAAUGUGCAGACGGACACGCUGUCGUCUCUGAAGGCCCUGCUGAAGCACAUCGACCAAACCCAGCUCACGCGAGACCUGGAGGGCACCUUCCACUAUGACCACGGCCACUGGAUCCACUUUAGACAGAAAAUCGAGCCCUUCGCCAGCAGCUGUAGUGCAGCCAUUGCCUCGCUUCAGGAGUCCAUCAGAACCCUGAGCAACAUCGGCGACCUGAAGACCUCCAAGGAGGUGUCCGAGGUCAUGGAACAGCAGAGGCAUCUCAUGAAGUGUGUGCUCGACGACGCCCGGCUGAACCGGCUGCGUCUGGAGGGAGGAACUGUGCUCGCCCGCAUCAGGAAGGACGAAGCCUGUGAUAAUGAGAACUACAGGGACGCAGUGGACAUGUUGAACGAGCUGUACAACCAGGUAGACGAAGAGGUUCACGCGCUCGUGAUCCUGUCCAACAGGUGUCAGAAGCAGCUGGAGACGCUGCUGGAGGUGCGCAGGUUCGAGGAGCAAACACAACAGAUCAAACUGUGGUUCAGUGUCGAGGGGGAGAAGCAACUUGCCCCGCUGGAUGAACUGACUCUGUCUGUGGCCAAAAUAAAGGAGAUGAAAGACAGCUUGCACCAGUUUCUGGAGGAGUCGGUGCAGCAGCAGCGGCACGGCUUGCAGCUUGUGAAGGAUUCCCAGUCCCUUCCAGAUUCAGUUCUGCUUGGCUUCAAACAGGACCUGAGCUCGGUCCUGAGCCGAGUGGAGCGACGGAGGGCUGAGUUAGACGUCCUCACCAACCUGUACGAGUUCUAUGACUCAGCGAACAUCUGGAUGGACCACUGUCAGGAUUACUUCCUUCGCCUGAACUUGGACUCCACGGGCGUCGCUCUUAUGCCCCCCGUGGUGCAGAACCUGCGGGACUACUACACGGAGGCAUCCAAGUUCUCCACGGACAACUUCAGCGCCCUCAACGACAUGGUGCUGUCGCUGCAGAGCGCUCGGCAGCUGCAGCGGUGGAACGCGGUGUGGCACAAGUGCCGGCAGACCAAGCAGCAGCUGGAGGAGGCCUUGGCCCGCGCCACGGAGCAGAACCCCCCGUCGGCGGCGGAGCCCGCAAGCCAGGAGGCGGCGCCGGAGCGGCGCGGCGCUGACGGCCGCCCGCCUCCGCCUGCGGGGGGCGCACCAGCUCCCAUGGAGGACACGAAGCCUCAUCCGGCUGAGCCUUUCGCCAAAAGCCCCUCCAGCACGACCCCCUCCUCCUCCUCGCAGUUCGCCUUCCCGCCCGACUGCGACGGCGCGCCGGGCGAGAGUCCGCCCGCGUUCGAGGACACGGACAGCGACUGCACCGUGGACUCCGCCGCCUCCUGCCGCUCGGAGCCCGCCUACUCGGGAGCGGCCCGCCUCCGCAAGCAGCCCAUGAAGAAGAUCAUGAAGAAGACGAUGAGCUACGAGCUGGCGCCGCGGGAGGGCGGCCACUCGGAGGUGCACACGCACGGCUACACGGGCGUGCACAUCAGGGGCCUGGAGGUGGCCAACAACGUAGCGGCGGAGAAGAAGCUGCAGAGGCCGGACGUGAAGAGCCCCGCGCUGGGCCGCAGCCGCAGCAUGUCCACGCCCUCCAGGAUCCACAGCAGGCGCGGCGAAGGAGACGGCAAGAAGCCCAGCAGUAAAGUGCAGCACAUCAUGGACGAGAUGAUCGCCACGGAGAGGGAGUACGUGCGCUCCCUCAGCUACAUCAUCGAGCACUACUUCCCCGAAAUGGAGCGCCUCGACCUGCCCCAGGACCUGCGGGGCAAGCGCAGCGUCAUCUUCGGCAACGUGGAGAAGCUGUGGGACUUCCACAGCCAGUACUUCCUGACGGAGCUGGAGGCGUGCGCCCACUCGCCGCUCUCCAUCAGCAGCUGCUUUCUGAGACACGAGGAUCAGUUUGGAAUGUAUGCUCUGUACAGCAAGAAUAAGCCCCAGUCCGACGCUCUGCUCAGCAGCCAUGGGAACGAAUUCUUUAAGAAUAAGCAGGUGGAGCUCGGGGACAAAAUGGACCUGGCGUCCUACUUGCUGAAGCCCAUUCAGAGGAUGAGCAAGUACGCCCUGCUGCUCAAAGACCUGAUCAAGGAGUGCGGUCAGUCCCAGGAGCAGGAGCUGAGCGACCUGCGCACCGCCGAGGAGAUGGUCAAGUUUCAGCUUCGCCACGGCAACGAUCUGCUGGCUAUGGACGCCAUCCGAGGGUGUGACGUGAACCUGAAGGAGCAGGGUCAGCUACGCUGCCAGGAUGAGUUCAUAGUCUGGUGUGGACGCAGGAAAUACCUGCGUCACGUCUUCCUGUUCGAAGAUCUCAUCCUCUUCAGCAAAACCAAGAAGAUAGAGGGAGGAUACGACUUCUACAUCUAUAAACAGUCCUUCAAAACGGCCGAGAUCGGAAUGACGGAGAACGUCGGCGACAGCGGCUUGCGCUUCGAGAUCUGGUUCCGCCGGAGGAAGUCGCAGGACACGUUCAUACUCCAGGCCGGCUCCGCCGAGGUCAAGGCUGUCUGGACGGCCAUUAUAGGCAAGAUCCUGUGGAGGCAGGCGCUCCGGAACCGGGAGUUGCGUAUGCAGGAGAUGGUGUCUAUGGGGAUCGGCAGCAAACCUUUCAUGGACAUCAAGCCCAGCGAAGCUGCGAUCAGCGACCGAGCCAUCGACUACAUCAUGAAAGGGUCAGAGUGCCGGACGAGGGCUUCCAUCGCGGUGCCGUCCUUUGAGCACUCGUUCAAGAGGCCUCACUCCACCAUCUCCAACAGCAGCACGUCCUCCUCCAGCAGCCAGUCGUCCUCCUCGCUGCUGGGGUCGCUCAACCUCCACUUCUACUCCCCCCCACCCCACCCGCACGCUCACCCCUACGCCGUGGCCAGCGCGCCCUGCUUCGGCCAGUGGCCGUACGACUGCAUCGAGGAGGACGAGCUGGAGCAGGACGGCGGCAGUCAGCCGUCCAUGAUCACCGAGAGCUCCGAGACGUCGUCUCAGUGCACCUCCAGCGACAGCGUGUCGGGCCUCAGCGUGGUCACGGCGCCGGGCCGCUCCAGCGUGGUCAUGGACGCCUACAACAACGGCGGCGAGUCCUCCUCCUUCCUCCGCUCCUCCACGCCGCCCUCCUCCGUAGAGUCCCCCUCCAUGUUCCAGGAAGACGAAGACCUCCAGCCCCAAGGCACCAAGUUCAUCACAGCAAACAAGAGCUCUCACAUGGCAGUAGGCCUGUCUACUGUGGUCUGACUAGGUGAGCAGGUGUUGUAGCUCACUGUGAACGUCUCACGCUGAUGAAGCCGCCACAGCAUUAAUUAGAAGCUAUAGAUAAGACGAGUCGAGCUUCGGAGCACAAAGACAUUUCAUAUUUCUGCAAAUUUGAACAUUACACAAGUCACAAACUGUCUCGAUGGUACGUUGCUCUGUAAAUGUAUUGUAAUAAAUUAGAUCCAGUGUUUAUAUUGUAGAUGAGUUUUUAUUUUGUACUUCACAGAACACAAAAACAUAGCAGGCAGAUCAAUGCAGACAAUGUAUUGUUAUGUUUCCUUUUGUUGCCAGUCUUAUGAUUGUACAGAUAAUUAAAUGCUUAAAACACUUGCA